UUGGCCUGGGCUUCGGGCCUCUGCUGCUCGAGCCUGCUCGGCCUGGGCGGGCUGUGGGUGGCACGAGAGGGAGGGUCUCCCGAAGCACCUCCCUGGGCUUAUCGCAGCCUCGCCUCCUCCAUCAGGUUCCACGGGGAAGGCUAUCAGGAAGGCUACGAAGACGGCAGCAGUUUGGGUCGGAUCGAAGGAAGACAGCAUGGCGCGCUGCGUGGAGCCAAAAUUGGGUCUGAGAUUGGGUGCUAUCAAGGCUUUGCUUUUGCGUGGAAGCAUCUCCUACACAGUGAUGCCAGCGAGAGAGACAGCAGGAAGAUGAGGGUCUUGGAGUCCCUGAUGGGAAUGAUUGAGAAGUUCCCCUACGAUGACCCUGCUUAUGACAGGCUCCACGAAGACCUGGACAGGAUCCGGGGCAAGUUCAGGCAGCUGUGUUCAUUACUGAAUGUUCAGCCUGACUUCAAGAUGAGUGCAGAAGGUUCUGGACUUUCAUUUUGAAGAUGACAGACGGGAGCAGAUAAAACUUCAAGGGACAGAUGUCUGCAUGUUAAGAAUGUAUUAAAGACGAAACUGAUGGGG